GCUGUCUGUUUAACCUGGAGAGAAGAAUCGAGAUGGUCAGAGCGAGAAACUAGAGCACUGCAGAUCCCACUGACAAUACCUGAAUAUAAAAGCAAGGAGAUGCCUGAACUGGAUCCUUUCCAUAUUAUUAAAGAGGAGACUGAACUGGAGCCUGUCCACAUUAAAGAAGAAGAGACUGAACUGGAGCCUGUCCACAUUAAAGAAGAGACUGAACUGGAGCCUGUCCACAUUAAAGAAGAGACUGAACUGGCGUCUGUCCACAUUAAAGAGGAAGAGACUGAACUGGAGCCUGACCACAUUAAAGAAGAGACUGAACUGGCGUCUGUCCACAUUAAAGAAGAGACUGAACUGGCGUCUGUCCACAUUAAAGAAGAGACUGAACUGGAGCCUGUCUAUGUUCAAGAGGAGACUGAACUGCAGCUUGUCCACAUUAAAGAAGAUAAGACUGAACUGGAGCCUGUCCACAUUAAAGAGGAGUCUAUUGACUUGUUUAAGGAUUCAGAAAACAUAUCAUGUGGGAAGAGCGUCAGUCAGUUAGGUAACCUAAAAACAGACCAGCGAAUCCACAAAGGAGAGAAACCACAUCACUGUACUGACUGUGGGAUACGCUUCAGAGGUUUAGGAGAUCUAAAAAAACACCAGCGAAUUCAUACUGGAGAGAAACCAUAUCAGUGUCCUGAAUGUGCAAAGAGCUUCAGUCGGUUAGAAAACUUAAAAAGACACCAGCGAAUUCACACUGGAGCAAAACCACAUCGCUGUACUGAAUGUGGGAAGAGUUUCAGAUGGUUAGGAGAUUUAAAAAAACAUCAGCGAAUUCACACUGGAGAGAAGCCGUAUCACUGCUCUGAAUGUGGAAAGAGUUUCAUUGAGUCAGGAACAUUAAAAAUUCACCAGCGAAUUCACACUGGAGAGAAACCACAUCAGUGUACUGAAUGUGGAAAGAGUUUCAGGGGGUUAGGUGAUCUAAAAACACACCAGCGAAUUCACACUGGAGAGAAGCCGUAUCAUUGUACUGAAUGUGGGGAGAGCUUCAGUGUGUCAGGAAGCCUAAAAACACACCAGCGAAUUCACACUGGAGAUAAACCACAUCACUGUACUCAAUGUAAUAAGAGAUUCAGUCGGUUAGGAAACCUAAAAAUACACCAGCGAAUUCACACUGGAGAGAAACCACAUCACUGUACUCAAUGUAAUAAGAGAUUCAGUCGGUUAGCAAACCUAACAAUACACCAGCGAAUUCACACUGGAGAGAAGCCGUAUCACUGUGUUGACUGUGGAAAGAGUUUUAUUCAGUUACAAAAUCUUAACGUGCACCAGAGAACUCACACAGGAGAAAAGCCAUGCCACUGAAUGUGGCAAGACAUUUGCUUUCUCCAGUCAAGUGAAAAAGCAUAAAUGCCAAUUUUGAAAGGGCAGAUGAAACUGAUAGAAAUCAGUAUUCCAGGCAGUAUUACAAUGGUCCCUGUUUAUGUGUCAUCCUUAGGGGAUGUAAUCAUGCGUUAGGUUAAAUGUGAGAAAGAGUGUGUGCCAAAGCACCUGUAAAAUGUGUGCUUAUGUUAUAAUCCUAAAAUGUAUUUUAUAAAACUGUGUUCAUUUAAAUGCCAAACAAAAUGUGAAAAAUGGUAAACUA